UUGGUCUGGACUGACCCGAUCCGAUGGCAAAGAAGGAAAUACCAGGCUGACGUGGGGCGUCAAAUGCCGGGGUAGGGGGGCCGAGGUUCGAGGAUUGGUGCAAUACUAGAAGAAACGAAGGUCGUUUUGGCCCUCUUUCAUUCCCCAGAGGAGAGGAACUAUUGCACUCAAGCGGUAGUUGCAGAAACAGGCCGGCCCAAUGGGUGAAAUCGACGACGAUUUGCUGCUCAAGAAUUUCUUUGCUGAAGUCAGUGAAGUCGAGAGGAACAACGAAGUCGUCAGGAUCCUUUCAUGCUUCAAAUUAAAUGCAUUUGACUAUCUUAACCUGCCAUUUGAUUCAUCUUUGGAGGAUGUGAAAAAGCAAUACCGCAAGUUAUCUUUGCUUGUUCACCCUGAUAAGUGCAAGCAUCCACAAGCAAAGGAGGCAUUUGGAGCAUUGGCCAAAGCCCAACAAAUAUUACAUGAUCCACAAGAAAGAGAAUAUCUUCUCAGCCAAGUUAAUGCAGCAAAAGAAGAACUUCGAGCUAAGAGGAAGAAGCAACUGAAGAAAGACAAUGCGUCAAAGAUAAAGUCACUGGUUGAUGAGGGGAAAUAUGAACAGCAGUAUGAGCAAUCAGAAGAGUUUAAGCAACAAUUAAAACAAAAGGUGCAAGAGCUGUUGACAGAACAAGAGUGGCGUAGGAGAAAAAUGCAAAUGAGGAUAUCAGAAGAGGAGGGGAGAUUGAAGAAGGAUGAGGAAGAAACGAAAGAAAUGUGGAAAAGAAAACGUGAGCAUGAAGAGCAAUGGGAAGGGACAAGAGAGAAUAGGGUAUCCAGCUGGAGGGAUUUCAUGAAGACGGGGAAAAAGGGUAAGAAAGGGGAAAUUCGACCCCCAAAGCUGAAGACAGAAGAUCCCAACAAAUCAUAUGUCCAAAGACCGGUGAAGCGAGGAUAAAAGGAACUUAGCUUUAUUCACUGUCACCGAUAAACUGCAGCAGUGUUUCAAGAGGUAGGGAGGCUGUGUUGACCAAAAAUGUGAUUCGACCCUGUAUUUGUUGGGAAAUUAUUAGGGGUCUCUAUGAACUGCUUAGAGCACGAUCUCUCAGGGUGAGGGUUCUGAUCUUGGAGGGAUGGUAUGCUAAAAGGAACUGUUGUAAGGUAAAUUGUAUAACCAAUUGUUUAUCGGUGGAGAAAAAUUGGCAUGACCUAUUGUAUACCUUCUCGAUCUUAUGAUUAUAGAGAAAGAUUUCAUUUGACGCAA